AUGCCAUGUACUGGAGAAGAAACUUUGGAAAGCAUACAAAACAAUUACAAUGAUGUCUCUCAUUUAAGAGUGACCUAUAAUAUCUAUAUUGCUGUUCAUGUUUUGGCCAGGGCACUGGAAGAUCUUAAAACCUGCAAUAAAGAAGAAGGUCCAUUCAUUCUUGGGAGAUGUGCAAACGUUUGGACAUUCAAGGCAUGGCAGCUCUUGCAUUACAUGAAGAAAGUGAAGGUCAAACUGAGCAGCGGGAGGGAGCUUUACUUUGAUAGAAAUGGUAACCCACCUGCUGUUUAUGACAUUAUAAACUGGAAGCUUGGCACAAAUGGUACUGUAAUGCAUGUCAGCGUUGGCACUUAUGACACGUCAACAUUUUUUGGACAAGUCUUCAACAUCAACACAAGUGCCAUAGUCUGGGGGAUUGAAGAUCAACAGGUCCCUGUCUCAGUCUGCAGUCAAACCUGCCCUCCUGGUUUCCGUAAAGCACCUAAAAGAGGAGAACCAGUCUGCUGUUUCCAGUGUGUCCCCUGUCCACAAGGCGAGAUCUCCAAUCAGACAGAUUCCAUUGGUUGCAUCAAGUGUCCAUGGGAUCAGUGGCCAAAUCCUCAGAAAUCACAAUGCCUUCCAAAACCCUUAGAGUAUCUCGCUUAUGAAGACCCAAUGGGAUCUGCUAUAAUGGCUGGGAGCAUCACUUCCUCAUUGGUUCCUGCUUGUAUUUUAAGACUAUUUAUUCAGCAUAAAUACACCCCCAUUGUAAAAGCUAACAAUUACACAUUAAGCUGCAUUCUUCUAGUAUCCCUUUCACUUUGUUUCCUAUGUGCUUUUGCUUUCGUUGGUUACCCUCAGCCAGUUAUGUGUCUUCUGCGCCAGACUAUGUUUGGCAUGGUUUUUGCCCUUUGUAUCUCUUGUAUUUUAUCCAAAACGAUCAUGGUGGUUUGUGCUUUCAUGGCCACCAAACCAGGCAGCAAUCUGAGAAAAUGGACCAUGCCUCCGGUGUCCUAUAUCAUAAUUUGCAUUUGUUCUCUUUUACAAUUCCUCUUGUGCAUUACGUGGCUAUCUCUUGUUCCUCCAUUCCCUGAACUAAACAUUGUGUCUCAACCCAGACUUAUCACUGUUGAGUGCAAUGAAGGUUCAUCCACUGCCUUCUGGUGCAUGUUGGGAUACCUUGGUCUUCUGGCCACUAUCAGUUUUAUUGUUGCCUUUUUGGCCAGGAGACUUCCCGAUAGUUUUAAUGAAGCCAAGUUCAUCACCUUUAGCAUGCUGGCCUUCCUCAGUGUCUGGGUGUCCUAUAUCCCAGCUUCACUCAGUGCACAAGGAAAAUACACGGUAGCCAUGGAGAUCUUUGCAAUCCUAUCUUCCAGCUGGGCCAUUAUAAUUUGCAUGUUUCUCCCUAAAUGUUUCAUUAUAGUGUUCCGACCUGAUAUGAACUCCAGAGAACGUGUACUGCGAAAAGAGAGAUAGAUGUAGUCAAAUAAAUAAAGACCUACUGAUGAUCUCUCAUACCCAUAAUUUGAAUUAUACAUUCCUCACUCGGUAUGCAUUGCUUUGUUAUAGUACAGCCUAAACAAAUGUCGAAUUGCUAAUGUGGCGGACCGCCUGCCACCCCGACUGGGUACC